CUCGGUUUCGUUCCCAGAAUUGUUGGCAAAACACUAUCAGAUACAUAUAAGAAAGAUUUCUCAAUUCUCCGAUAUAUGAAUUGUGAGAAACCGAAGCGUUAGAGGCCACCCAGAGAGAAAAAGAAAAAUUUGAUACAAAAUUUACCAGGGAUUCUAACAACUCGCGACAGAAGGUUUGAAAAUCUCUCUGAUCCUUGGACUUUUAAUGCAAUUGAAGUCGGAACCCAUUUUCUUUCUUGGAUCUGUAGUUGCAAUUUUUGCGUGUAUUUCUAGAGUUAGGGUUUUGGUUGACAUUCUGCAGUGCUUGAAUCAUUUUGACUGUUGUGUCUUUGGAUUUAGGUUUUGUAAGUCACUUAUAAAAAAAAAAGGAUUUAGGUUUUGUAAGUUCUUCGGGAUUUGAUCCCAAGCUUUGGCUAAACUUACUCGAUUUUAAAAAUCGAAACUUCAUAUUUUAAAGGAUUUAGCAGUGUGUCGAUUAGUGUAACCAAGGAUGCAAUCAAGAAAGCAUGGAGAUUAUUCUACGCUAUCUUCAGGUUCAAAGUUACGUGCCCAACACCGAUUAAAAUUGGGUUCUGACCCGUACACUGGUAUUCUCCGUGAUGCUCUGGAUCGGUCUCCAGUCACCGGGCAGAGUUUGAAUCCUCAUAGGUUAGAUGGAUCCAGAUGGGUUGCGGGUGCAAGUCUAAGGAGUGGUUCUACUGAAAGGAGGGACUAUUCUUGGCGUUUGGGUGAUGGUGGUGGUGGAGGUAGGAGUGACAGGAUGAGAUCAAAGUCGCCCCCUUUUGAGAAAGUUAAAAAAAGGGCUCAGUUCGACGAGGGUGGUGUUACCAUGCAUAGGGAUUAUGCACUGCCUAUGGAGUUGCAGCGGACAUACGAGUUGUCUGACUACACAAAGGUCGGUGAUGAUAGCUCGAAUUCAACAAAUAUUUAUGGAUAUCAUCAUGGUAAUUCUGGGAUGGGUAAAGAGAAGGACUUUAGUGAAAGCAGAUUGUCAACUGGUGGUGGACAUGGGAUGUUGGGACAGAAUUCAAUGUCAAUGGAAGAUAAAAUAGCCCGUGGUUCAUAUCAGCUGCCUCAAGAUCUAGGUCCCACCUCAAAUUAUGGAGAAGCUGGUGGGCAUCUAUCAUCCUCAUCACAAAAUAUAGUUAUACGCAGGAUUGAGCAUGAAAGGCUUCAGUAUCAGGACCCUAUAACUGUGGAUAAGUUACCAAUCAUGGGAUCCUUCAAAGAUGGAGAGAAACCCACGUUUCAAUCAAGGGAGGCAUCGUAUCCUGUUGGGUCAGCAUCUCACUCCAAAGAUUUUGCAAUCAAACCUCCUCUAAAGGAUUUGGCAAGCUCCUCUUCUAGGAUGAUGAGGAAUGAGUAUUUGGGCUCUUAUCAGGAUGACAUUCGUUUGCCUCCUACAUAUGAAUCUUCAAGAAGCAGUGCAAAACUUAUAGAUCCCAUAGGUUUUGAUGCAUAUGGACAAAGUCCACUUAUAGAGUCCUCUGGAGACCCUGAAACUGGACAUAGGAAUCUGACAUAUUACCAGAGAGGUGCAUAUGGUCCCACCAGGGCUAAGGGUGAGGAUCAUCCAUACCAAAAACCUUGGGGAACUGCAGAUGAUGAACGUGGAUAUCAAUCUGAUGACUUGUACGGAAUGGUUCCACCGCGUGAUCUGCUGGACUAUGAUCAAGAACAAAUCAAUUAUGAUCAUAGACAUUUGUCAAGACCUAUUAUAAUGCAUCCCGUUGCAAACAGGGUUGAUGAUAAUACCGAAGAUUCUUAUGGAAAUGCUCGGAAGGGAAUAACAUCGGACCAUCCUACUUUACAAAAGCAGGCUGUUUCGGACUACCCUCAUAUGAAUAGGACAUCAAAUGCAUCAAAGCGAAGUGGGGAGUAUGGAUAUAAUCAUGUUGAAUUUGGAAGUAGAGUGUCUCGAAAUUACAAAAUCUCACAUUUGAGUGCAUCACAGAAACAGCAGGUAAUGCACUCGAGACCAGAUUAUAUGUUUGGAAAAGAUGCAGGACCAAAGUUUGUAAAGGAUAGGCUGCAGAGUCCUCCUAUUGAUAAAUAUGAUUCGGAUAUGCAUAGACAUGCUGUAAGAAUGAAGAGAAUGGAGGAGCUUGGCUUACGUGAACCAUUAGAUAGGAUGCUUAAAGGAAAGAACAGUGCUGAGGAAGAAUUAGGUGGGCAUGAUUCUAGAAGGUUCCUGUCAAAACGGAAUGCACCAGGGGAGCUUCAGGAUCAAUAUGAUAGAGGCGAAGAGUGGAUUGAUGAAGAUGUGAGUGGUUUGUAUUCAUCCAAUGCUGUGGGAAAUGACUAUAAUGAAUACAGAGAGUCUAAGCGGAGAUAUGUUAGGCUAGAACAUUAUCAAGACUUUGUAUCUGAUGAAUGGUUGUCAUCUCAAGAUUCUCUGGCACUCGUGCAAAGGCAUUCAAGUAGAUUGUAUAUACAUGGUGGUCGAUUUACAAAGGCUCAUCCAAGAGCUGGUUCUUUGAGCUCUAAUGACUUACACCAUUUUGAUAGAAGAAUUGGUCUUCACAAACAGCCCAAAGUUUGGAAAAGAAAUGCUGAUCAUUAUAAGGAUGUACAUGAAGAUUAUGAUGACCCUUCAGAAGAUUGGGUAAGUGUCUCAGACUCUGAGCCCGCUGAGGACUCUUUGGAGUUCAAGCAACUGGUACAUGAAGCCUUCCUAAAGUUCUCUAAAGUUUUGAAUGGGAGCCCAGCUGUUCAAAGACGAUACAAGGAGCAAGGAAAAGGUGGUAGUUUGUUCUGCAUCGUAUGUGGCAGAAGCGUCUCAAAGGAGUUCAUGGACACUCAACGCUUGGUAACACAUGCCUUUAUGUCUCGCAAGGUUGGGCUGAGAGCACAACACCUGGGUCUUCACAAAGCAAUAUGUGUGUUGUUGGGGUGGAAUACCGUUGUUCCCCAUGAUACAAUAACAUGGGUUCCUCAGGUCUUACCCAAUGCAGAAGCUUUGGCUCAGAAAGAGGAUUUGAUACUCUGGCCUCCUGUGAUUAUCAUCCACAACAUAUCUUUGUCAGACAAUAAUCCAGGAAAGUGGAAGGUUAUCACCGUCGAGGAGAUUGAGUCUUUUCUAAGAAGGAAAGGUUUUGUAACGGGAAGAAUCAAGAUGUGCCUGGGAAAGCCUGCGGAUCAAAGUGUUAUGGUUGUAAAGUUCUUGGGCACUUUCACUGGGCUGGGAGAUUCAGAGAGGCUUCAUAAGUAUUUUGCUGAAAAUAAGCACGGAAGAGUUGAUUUUGUGCAACUAACAUCCAACAAUAGCAACAGUUGGGAUGCAGGAAUGCAGGCAGACAAGGCGGAGGAACAUAUUCUGUAUGGGUACAUGGGUAUUGCAGAGGACUUGGACAAAGUAGAUUUCAAUACAAGGAAGUCGAAUUGUAUAAAGAGUAAGCAGGAGAUUCAGGACCUGGCAAAUGCUCCUCUUAGACCUGCACCUGAUGAGAGGUAGCUGUCCACGUAUAACUUGUUUAUGCAUGGUGCUAUAGUUUAGUUUAAUUUUCGCCUCACGAAAACGAACACGUGGUGCUAUUAUCUUAUCACGGGAUGACAUGUCAUUAAAAAUUAGUACUUAUGCAAAGUGUUUUAAUGGCAUGGCAUUGUAGUAUUGGAUGAGAGUACCGCAUCAUCCAUCACUCAUUGUGUAAAACAGAUGUUGCCAUAAAAACUUGUUUCCAUUAUAGAGGUCUGAAGAUCUUGAUUC